AUGAAAAAAAGUUUUUUGUCUUCGCCAAAGCUCUUCAACCUGUAUAUAAAUGGGCUGAUUGCUGAGCUUAGCAGUAUGCGUGUCGGAUGCUGGAUUGACAAUGUGUGCGUUAACAAUCUUAGUUACGCAGACGACAUGGUACUGCUGGGCCCCACAGCUGGCGCAGUCAGGAAGCUGUUACGUGUGUGUGAGCGAUAUGCCAAUAGUCUGGGCCUCGUGUACAAUGUGAAAAAAAGUGUAUACUUGGUUUUUGAGACGGCAGAUGGGAAAGUGCCGCAAAAUCCGGUCUUAACUUUAAAUGGAUUACCGUUAGCCAGGGUACAUACAUUUAAAUACCUGGGACACUUCCUUACCUCGGAUCUCAGAGACGAAGUAGAUAUUGACAGGAAACGCAGGGCGUUGGCGGUACGUGGCAACAUCCUGUGGAUGAGACAUACUAAACGAUCGCUUGACGCCCUGCGUGUGCAGUAUAAUAACUGUUUCAGGAUGUUGUUGGGACUGCCGAGUUUCUGUAGUGCGUCAGGUAUGUUUGCCUCUACGCAUACUGACGAUUUUCACGCGAUAAUGAGAAAGAAGAUCUAUUCCACACUGUCCAGAGCGCGGUCUAGUUCGAACAACUUACUGAAAACAUUAUCUGAGAAGUAUGACGAUCUUUGGUUGUCUCAUGUAAUGAAAGUGCUGGUCAGAAGACCGUAA